UGCCCACUUGCAUCCAUCGCAUCUCGUCGUCGUCAUCUCUAUCUCUCUCUCCCCACACCUGUAUAUAUAUGUAUACACAGAUAGAGUGAGAGAGAUCGAAACAGUAGUUCACGAUCGAUCGAUCUCACGACUGUAGCGCCCUAACAUCGUAGAGUAUAUCCAUCAUCAUCUCUACUGGUGUCUGGAUCGAUGUGUCCGUAAUUUUCCCAUCCCGUCUGCAUAUGCGUGCUUGCUGCACUGCAAUUGGUAAGGUUGAGCUAGCUGGCCGGCCCUUGAUUAUUCAUGUCUUCCAUGCCAUAGCCAUACGGGCCGGAUAUCGCUCGCACAUCGAUCACUGCAUGCACAUGGAUGGAUGUUCAUCAGCAGCAGCAGCACAGUAGCACUCCACUAAUAAUAUAAGCUAGCUAGUGGCUCUGGGCCAUGCAUGACAUCCCAAUCCCAAUCCCAAUCCCAAUCCCAAUCAGCAACAAGAUUGAAUCAAAGCAAUUAAACCGCCGUGCUCCCCUCCGACGAUCCUAUCCUAUAUAGCACCAGCCACCACCGUAGACCAGCAGCCGGCCGGCGGAGUAGUGUCUGAAAUCUGAAUCUGACCGACGACUGCCGGCAGCAGGGGCAGCCGCCGCCCGCCUUGCUGCAUGACUGCAUGCUCUUAGCUUGUUCCCAUCGAUUCAUCCGCAUCCGCAUCCGCAUCUGCAUCGGCACAGUCGCUCACCACCCACACCGCCACCGGAAUAGCAAGCAAGUAGACAUCUGUAUCUAGCUACCAAUACUACUGCAUCUAUCAAUGGCUUUCAAAGGAGGAGGACUUGCGCGUGACUCUCGUGGAUCCCUUGAAGUCUUCAAUCCAGACGCCGCCGCUGUUUCCUCCUCGGCCGCCGCUUCAACAACAAAUAAUCGGGCGUUCCUCCUCCCUCCUGCUGCUGGCGCUGGGGAUGCUGACGUGGGUCGGGCGACGCAGAGGGCCGCCGAGUGGGGCCUGGUCCUCCAGACCGACGAGCACACCGGGCGGCCCCAGGGCGUCGUCGCCCGCCCCUCUGGCUCCAACCGCACCAGCGAGAGUGGAAACUCCAUUGACGACGACAGCUCGAGGGCCGCCGCCGCCGGUACUAGAGCGCUCCCCAGAGUGUCGGAGGAGCUUCGCGCCGCGCUCUCUGCGUUCCAGCAGACCUUCGUCGUGUCCGAUGCCACUCGCCCCGACUACCCCAUCCUCUACGCUAGUGCUGGAUUCUUCAACAUGACUGGUUACUCCUCAAAUGAGGUGGUCGGAAGGAACUGCCGCUUCCUUCAAGGUUCUGGGACUGACCCCGUAGAGAUUUCCAAGAUCAGGCAGGCUCUCGCAGCUGGGUCAAAUUACUGUGGUCGUAUUCUCAACUACAAGAAGGAUGGUACACCAUUCUGGAACCUCCUAACUGUUGCCCCCAUCAAGGAUGAGGAUGGCAGGGUCCUCAAGUUCAUUGGGAUGCAAGUGGAAGUGAGUAAGUACACAGAAGGUAGCAAGGAUACAGCUCUUCGCCCAAAUGGAUUGCCAGAGUCACUCAUCAAAUAUGAUGCCAGACAGAAGGAUCAUGCCCGUAGCUCAGUCUCAGAGCUUCUACUUGCCCUCAAGGAUCCACGAUCAUUGUCAGAAUCAAGAAACAAUACCUUAAAAAGGAAAUCACAGGAAUCAGGAGAUGUGCUUUUAGGUGAAGUUCCCGGCAAGAGAAGCUCCGAAAGUGGAUCCCGUCGUAACUCACGGAGUGGAAUGCGAAACUCUCUACAAAAAAUUAGUGAAGUGCCUGAAGGAGGGAAUAAGACCAGGAAAUCUGGUUUGCGCUCCUUUAUGGGUCUUAUUGGUAUGGGGCAUGGAAAUGUAGAGAAGAACAUUCUAAAACCAAGGGAAGAUCCGCUACUUGAUAGCGAUGAUGAGAGACCAGAAAGCUUUGAUGAUGAUUUCAGGAGGAAAGAAAUGAGAAGGGGUAUAGAUUUGGCUACUACACUUGAACGUAUUGAAAAGAAUUUUGUCAUCACUGACCCAAGGUUACCGGACAAUCCAAUUAUAUUUGCAUCAGAUAGCUUUUUACGAUUGACAGAGUAUUGUCGCGAAGAAAUAUUGGGAAGAAAUUGCAGGUUUCUUCAAGGACCUGAAACUGACCGUGGGACAGUAAAGAAGAUAAGGGAUGCCAUAGAUAACCAAACAGAAGUUACCGUUCAGCUGAUAAACUAUACAAAGAGCGGUAAAAAAUUCUGGAACCUCUUUCACUUGCAACCUAUGCGUGAUCAGAAGGGUGAAGUUCAAUACUUCAUUGGGGUUCAAUUGGAUGGAACUGAGCGUGUUCGAGACACUGCUGCAAAAGAUGGUGCCAUGAUGGUUAAGAAAACUGCAGAUAAUAUUGAUGAGGCUGCAAAGGAACUUCCGGAUGCUAAUUUGAGACCAGAGGAUCUAUGGGCUAAUCAUUCAAAACCAGUCUUGCCAAAGCCACAUAUGAAGGAUACCGCAUCAUGGAGAGCCAUCCAAAAGGUUCUUGAGAAUGGUGAAAACAUUGAUUUGAAACAUUUUAGACCAGUAAGACCCUUAGGAUCUGGUGACACUGGCAGUGUGCAUUUGGUGGAGUUGCUUGGCACAGGUGAAUACUUUGCCAUGAAAGCUAUGGAUAAAAGUGUCAUGCUUAACCGAAACAAGGUCCAUAGAGCUACCGCUGAACGACAAAUCUUGGAUAUGUUGGACCACCCAUUCCUUCCAACAUUGUAUGCAUCAUUUCAGACAAAGACACAUGUGUGUCUUAUUACCGACUAUUAUGCUGGCGGGGAACUCUUUAUGCUCCUCGAUAGGCAACCUAUGAAGGUUCUAAAGGAAGAUGCGGUUAGGUUCUAUGCUGCAGAAGUGGUCACAGCACUUGAAUACCUACAUUGCCAAGGUAUAAUCUACAGAGACUUAAAGCCAGAGAACAUUUUACUUCAAAGAGAUGGGCACAUUUCCUUGACAGACUUUGAUUUGUCUUGCUUGACAUCCUGCCAACCACAAGUGUUUCUUCCAGAAGAUGAUAAGAAGAAAAGGAGGAGGAAGAGCAGGAGCAAUCCCAUAUUCUUUGCCGAGCCAAUGCGAGCAUCAAAUUCUUUUGUUGGUACAGAGGAGUACAUAGCACCAGAGAUUAUUACCGGAGCCGGCCAUACAAGUGCUGUAGAUUGGUGGGCGCUAGGAAUUCUUCUAUAUGAGAUGUUGUAUGGUUAUACACCCUUUAGAGGGAAAACAAGACAAAGGACCUUUGCUAAUAUUCUGCACAAGGAUAUCAGAUUUCCUGCGAGCAUUCAGGUGAGCCUUGCGGCAAGACAAUUGAUAUACAGGUUGCUACACCGGGACCCUGCAAAUAGGCUAGGUUCCUACGAGGGUGCUAUUGAGAUCAAACAACACCCCUUCUUCCGUGGCAUAAACUGGGCUCUAGUUCGUGCCGCAACACCUCCAGAGUUAGAGGCUCCCUUGCAAGAUACAUUGGAGGCCACAGGAGAGACAUUGCCUCCUCCUGAUUCAGCUCACACCGAUAUGUUUUGAACAUACAUUGAGCCAUGAAGCUACAUGUUAAUUUGCUCAAAGUAAGCAAAUAAAGAUUAGAUGAUGAAGAUGCAUGUUUGUCUAUGCAUGAAUGUGACGUAGGUGAGAACAAUAAUGUAUGUCAAGGACUAAUUAAUAAUAGCAAUCCAUCUUUAUGCAUGCAGGUGCAAUGAAAGUAAGAUUAUGUGUGUA